GCGCACUGAAAUGGCUUCAUUCUAUUUGGCGCUCUUGGAAGUGUUUUCUAUUGUUGAUAUGUUUGAUUAAAUCUUUUUAACACGGUCCAAAAAAAAGGGAGCAUUUAAAAUUAUUACUAUUAUAGUAUUAUUGAAUUAUACGAAACCACAUUUGCUUCGAUUUCUUCCCAGAAAAAAUGUUGGCUCCAGAUCGGGUCCCAGCAGAGACACGGGCACCAGGUGCCAGUGCCGCCGACAUGGUUUUCUGCACGGUGUGUGCUGCCCCCUUCCAGACUGUGACGGAUUGCUUGGCCCACGAGUUGCAGAAGCACAAGAACACAAAAAACACGCAAAAAAAAUUUCGGCAAAAACUCAGCGCCCUAACCAAGCAGUUCGCCAGCGAUCAAACCCAAAGCGAACGCAGCAAGCUGCAGGAGGCUCUUGACAAGACCAGUGACGGCCAGUACCUGGAGACAAUAUUGAAUCUUUAUAAAGCUGACUCGAUACGCCUGAAUCGUACCUUCAGCCACGUGCGCAACUGCUUUGAAAGGGAAGAGGCUCUACAAGUGAAAGUAUUUCCCUUUGGCUCGCUGGUUACCGGAUUGGCUUUAGAUGACAGCGACAUUGACUUGUAUCUGGAGUCUACGAAUGAUCAGUUAUCUUGCCCAAAGCGGCUCUUCAACAAAGUACUGCGGCUUCUGCACCGUUCGAUAUGCUUUACUGAUGUCACAAACAUUCGACAUGCCCGGGUGCCCAUUAUUCGCUGCAAGCAUCAAUUGACAGGCCUCCACAUCGACAUCAAUAUGUCCAAUCCGAACAGCACAUACAAUUCUCGCUUUAUCAGAGAGCUGAUGAACCGCGAAGACAAAUUGCACAAGCUCGCUCUGUUCCUGAAAAUCUGGGGAAAAAAACUUAAAGUCGUUCGAAUGGGCGGCAUGAAUAGCUACUGUCUGCUCAGCUUACUCCUGGUUAACCUCCAAGUGCGCCACUUGCUGCCGUCCAUCAAGGAGCUGCAGACUCGUACCGAACCCAUCAAUGUAAACGGAGUUAAUUACGCGUACAGCCUUGAGUUGGUGCCGCCACUACCUGCCCAGAUGUCUACGCUCGAGUUAAUCGGCGACUUCUUUGCAUUCUGUACAAGCAUAGACUUCGAGACGACCUUGUUGUCACCCUUUCUAGGCUGCGCCGUAGACAAGGUCGCUACGUUGGCCACACCGGGCGGCUAUCCCCAGUACGAGGAACAAUUAGCUGCAAUUCAGGAUGCGGUCGGCGAAGCACCUGAAAAAUUUCAUAUGGAUCGCACAGUUUGCGUUCAAGAUCCCUUUGAGUUGCAGCGUAAUGUCGCAAGAAAUAUAUCUCAGACAGAUUUCCUGUACAUAAGACAAUGCAUGGUUAUGGCCGCACAGGCAUUUAAAAAUCCGGAGCUGCUGGCAGAUCCAAAGAAACUUUAUGAUUACCUUCUAUUCGGCCUGGCAGAAAAAAUGGUGGCGGAGAAGUCAUUGCAUCGGCCAACGGCAGCCAAGAAGUCCAAGGGUAAUGCAAUUCCCACCGAACAGCAAAUAGAAAAAGUACUAGUUCCGACAGAACAGCAUCCAGAAAUGACUGAAACAGAAAACGUCGAAGAUCAGUCAAGAGUUAGUUGGGAUGUCCCGACGUGCCUCCCUGAAACAAAGCGCACGCAUUUGAUCUUUCCCAGCAAGAAUGACCUCAAGAGCUUGCGCUCUGUAGUUUUAAGCGAAUACAUUGAACACAACCGAACAAUAUAUUACUACUGGCUGCUCUGCUACGUGGAUACCAUAAAGAAUGUCUUGACGGAGAUCUUUUCCCUUGACCUGGAACUAGAGGAAUCAAAUGAGCCCUGCUAUUACAAGUGGCUGAUCAGGGGCACCGUGGACACCUGGACAGGUCGAGUCGGUAAGCUACUGCCAGGUCAGCCUGGCCAGUACUUCGAUAUUCACAAGCAGCAGACUGUGGAGAUGCUAAAGACGAGAAGCGGAAAUCCACAGCAAUCGGUAAGUUUAAUGGGCUACUUUGCUAUGCGAGCCACCGAAGACUACAAGAAAUUGGAAUUGUGUGUGGAAGCGUGCCCUGGGCAUUACAAUGAAAUGCAGCGCCUUGGAUCCAUCACAAAGCUCUUCAAGGCGCUUAAGGAUCUCCUGUCGAAGUACACUUUCCAGGAAAAGCUGCUAAAAUGGGACAUAAACAGUGUGAGAUCAGUGGCCACAUGAGAAUAUGUACACUAGUACAUACUACAGAUGUGUAUGAUACAUUUGACACUCUCCUUUAAUAAAGGAAAUUCGACUAUUAACAAAAAGUAACAAG